CGGCGGCGGUGCGGCCGCGCGCGCUGCGCGGGGCGGUGGGAGAGCGGCCCCGCCAUGGGCCCGCCGCGGCCGCGCUGAAGCGGCGGGCGGAGAUGAACGCGUCGGGGCGGCUGCCGGCGGGGGGCGAGGAGGAACCCCCCUCUGCCGCGCUGCUGCCGCUGGGCGGGAACGGCAGCGCCGCCGCGGGGCUGCGGGAAGGCACCCACACGGCCACCCUGGCGGCCUGCGCCUCGCUGCUGGCCCUCGUCUUCUGCCUGGGCUCCUACGGCAACCUCAUCGUCUUCUUGUCCUUCUUCGACCCGGCCCUCAGGAAAUUCAGGACCAACUUCGACUUCAUGAUCCUCAACCUCUCCUUCUGCGACCUCUUCAUCUGCGGGGUGGCUGCCCCCAUGUUCGCCUUCGUCCUCUUCUUCGACUCGGCCCGAGGCGUGCCAGGCGCCUUCUGCUUCACCUUCCACCUCACCAGCUCUGGCUUCAUCAUCAUGUCGCUGAAGACAGUGGCGGUGAUCGCCCUGCACCGCUUGCGCAUGGUGCUGGGAAAGCAGCCGCACCGCGCCGCACCCUUCCCCUGCACACUGCUGCUCACCCUGCUGCUCUGGGCCACCAGCUUCACCCUGGCCACCAUGGCCACCUUGAGAACCCACGGCUCCCGCCUCUGCCUGCCCAUGUCCAGCUUCGCCCGCGGGGACGGGAAGGUCAUCCUCUACCUCUACGUCACCGACUUCAUCUGCUGUGUGGCUGUGGUGUCCGUCUCCUACGUCAUGAUUGCCCAGGCCCUGCGGAGGAAUGCCCAGGUGAGGAAGUGCCCGCCCGCAGUGGCUGUGGACGCUUCCAGACCCCAGCCCUUCGUGGGGCCAACGGCUGCCAGUGCUGGGCAGAGCGCCUUGCCCGCCUUGUACAGGAACCAGGGCUCCGGCAAGCUGCAGCACAGCCAGGCGCACGGCUACACUACACACCUGGGCCAGCCACCGGCUGCCAGCAGGCUGCAGCUUGUGUCAGCCGUCAACCUGUCCACAACCAAAGACUCCAGAGCGGUGGUAACGUGCGUCAUCAUUGUGCUUUCCGUCUUGGUGUGCUGCCUGCCCCUGGGCAUCUCCUUGGUGCAGGACAUGCUGUCCGGCAGCGGCGGCUUUGUGCUCUAUCAGUUUGAGCUGUGUGGAUUUACUCUCAUUUUUUUCAAAUCUGGAUUAAACCCUUUUAUAUAUUCCCGCAACAGCGCCGGACUUCGGAGACGAGCCCUGUGGUGCCUGCAGUACCUAUCCCUUGUCUUUUUCUGCUGCAAGCAGAAGACGAGGCUUCAAGCCAUGGGCAAAGGCAGCCUGGAAGUCAACAGGAACAAGUCGUCCCACCAUGAGACCAAUUCAGCGUAUAUGUUGUCUCCUAAGCCUCAGAAGAAGUUUGUGGACCAAGCCUGCGGUCCUAGUCAUUCCAAGGAGAGCGUGCUGAGUCCCAAGGCAUCCUACGGACAUCAGCACUAUGGACAGAGCACCUCCACCCCCAUGAACACUCGAAUUGAGCCCUAUUACAGUAUCUACAACAGCAGCCCUUCCCAGGAAGCAAGCACCCCAAAUAGCUUACAGCCGGUGAACUCAACUUUUGGAUUUACCAAAUCCUACAUUGCCAUGCACUACCACACCACCACUGACUUGGUGCGAGACUAUGACAGCACUUCGGCCAAGCCGAUACCAGUACCCUCAGUGUAACCUUGGGAAAGCAGGUAACAACAACAGCAUUUUAAGAAAUUCUAGUAAUAGCUGAAGAAAAUCAAGCACCCAGAAAUGAAAGGCUGUUUACCAGUGCUCAGGUCUCAGCCCUCCGGAUAACAACACAGCAGGCUUUGCAGAAGCUGGCAUCAACGGACUGUAUAUCUUUCAUCGGCAAAAACAGGAUGAACAGAGAUAGAAGAUCCAUCUCCAGGUCGCUGUGACUAAUGUUAAACUCCAAAACAGUGCCCAGCUGAGCUUGGCAGAGGAAGAAGAAAAAGAGAAAACUGGCUCUGAAGAUGAAACUGAGGGAUUUGGUUGUGGCACCCUGCACCAGGAGAGGUCACUGCCUGCCUACCCACUCAUCUCUGAAGACUUCCCUGAGCCUGGUAAGGUCAGCUCCUCUCCUGCCCCACGUCUUUCUUGGGAGUUUGCUUACACUGGAUCAUAUGCUUCUGUGUCUUCUAUUUGCACCAUUAGUAGAGUAACCAAGUCUUAUCAUAGCCCCUUUUAGCCACCAUCACAGCUACCAGAGCAGUAUCCUCACAUUUAACUGAGAAGAAAGCAGAGGGAAAGCACAGCCCUUCCAGAUAUGUCCUCAGCCCUGAACCAGCCCCAAGACCAGAACCAGGACCAGCCCCACCAAGCACCCCACACCAGUAAGCCACCCCAGAGAUGUCAAAGCCUUAUAGCACCUACAGAUGAAAGACAGUUAAUGCCUACCUCCUGUUUCCAGUGCCCACUCUCCUUGCAGCCCUGCUGCAGUCUCUGAAGCUGCCUGGCCACGCUGCUGCUUUUGUAGUGCUGGCAGCGGGGCAGGAUGGGCUGUGGGGGUGUGUGGCGGGGUUCUCCUUCUUACAGCAAGAAACCUUCCUGCCAAUGGGAACCAUUGCUCAGGAGGAAAUGAGGCGUGGGAGUUGCUUUAUUUAAGGCUUAGAGGUCGCUCUCAACGACCUGCUCCCAAGGUAUCCUCUGGGAUUUUGGCUGCUGUGCUGCAGUUAUGGUAAAGAUAGGAAGGAGAACCAAUUGUUAGUGGAGGAUACUCUGUAAUGGAUGUCCUACUGCACUGUUUUCAGCCUUCCUGGAGGGGGAAGAAAAACCAAGUGUCAUUAGACUUACAUCUGAAAAUGGGAGAGCUGGUCACGCUGCUGCUGGAAGCCUCGCUUCUGCCUGAGCAGGGAAAAGAACAGGAGAUUUUCUUCGUGUCUGUAGUGCUGCCUUGAAAGAUGUGCUCUUUGCUUACAGCUCCCUCAGGUCAGGAUGUUGGUGGAUGGGGAGCCAACAGAUUGCACAAGGCACUUGAAUGCUGUCAUUUGCUCUGUUUUCUCUUCUAAAAAAAACCUGAAGAUGUUUCCACUGUUUUGUAACCAUCAGUGACUAGCAAUUCUUGUGAUAGCUCUGAGGGACUGGAAAACCCCAGGGUUGUUUGUGUCCCAUUUCUAAUCAGACUGGCACUUUCCUGCCCAGCCAGGUUGUAGGAAUUGCCCUGAAGCCAUGCCUUGCCCAGACAGAUCCCUCUCUGCUUUAGCAGGAGAUAGGAAAUCAAGAGCCUUUUGGACAUGUCGGGAUUGAACCAACAGUGGCCCCCUGUAGAUAGCUGUACCUCCUGGUGAGCCUUUCUUCCUUGAGCAGAAUACAGCCACUCCUUGAAACUCACUCUGUAGCCCCCUCUUUUGAGAAGAUGGACCAGGGAAUGUCAUUAGGUGCUUAUUGCUGAUAAUCUUUUUUCCUGUGGGUGAAUCUGGUAUUCUGGGGCAUAAAAUGGUUCAUUCUUUGAGCUCUUCUCAUUGAAAUAAAUACCUUCAAUAAGCAGCAUGUUUCACUUUCACAAAUCUACUUUCCUUUGAUGUAAUUCCCUUUGACUAAUUGCAGAUUACAUCAGUGCUAUUACUGCUGUCUGCUGGACUUAUUUUCCACGCUGGUGAUUCUUAAAUGAGGAAGGAAACAAAUGCCUCUCAGGCUGAGAUGCAAACUUGCAUACCAUCUCAGGCAUAAAUCUAAGCAAAUCGGCCCCUAAACCCACAGAGCUCCAGUUCCACUUUGUGCUUUCUGCACCCCCAAGGAAGCUUAUUUUUCCCUCUUUUUGGUACUGAGAGGUUCCCACACCCCAGGGCCUGCCUAGGAGAGCAUCAAAGAAGGAGCUUUUCUUCCAGAUUCAAAUGUAUGAGAACAUAAGCUUAUGCUGGGAUUAAUUACUUCCAGCAGUAUCAACUCAUGAUCUGUUGUGCUCUUUGGUUUUGGGUGCACAUCUUUCCUCCUCCUCCUCCCACACUGGUUCCUUCCCAACUCAGCUGUUAAGAGAGAUACGGGAGAGGGUAAAAAAGUAUUCCUCAUUUCUGUGAGUUUGAGUCAAGUCCUUCCUGAAAAAGCCAUGUAAGGAAACCUGGCUGUCCCUGUCAUGUGGGAGGUGUUGCACCACACAGUAGUUCUUUUCAGUAAGGACAGGAUGAAGAAAUUCUCAUGGCUUGAAAAAAAAAAUUGUUUUCUGUGAGCACAGGAAAAACCUGUAGUGCAGCAGUGCUCCCACUGGGCUUGGAGCAGAUGGUGUCAAGACCCUCUGCUGACCUUUACUGGCAAAGUUGAACUCCUCUCUUGAAGCCGGACUGCGUCUAUUUUGCCUUUUGAAAGCUGGUAAUUUGUAACUUACUGAUGAUGAUGAUCAACGCAGAAUGCCUAACACACAAGUCAAACAAGGAGUGCAAGACAAGAUUUUAAUUGUUAAAAGUUUAUCGAUAACCUCUUAUAUACACAUAAUUAUACACAAAGUGGUUCAUGAGUCCCUCAUCUCGGAGAAAUCUGCUGGUGAGGCUGGUUGGCUGAACACUUCUGUACUGGUCAGUCAUCUCACAGGUGUCCAUGUGGAAAAGGCCAGCUGGGACGUUGAUGGGCAUGGCUUUCUUCAUGGACUGUGCUGUUUUUUAGCUCGGUACUGAAAGGAGCCCGUAUUCAUCUGCUGUAUCCAAAAUCUUACAGAUGACGGGAGAUUCCACCUUGAACACACGAGAUCAAAAUAUUAAACUGUGAAAAUAUGAAAUAACUGUGAAAUAACUUUUACAAGAGACUGCAAGAGAGAUCACAAGAUUAAUCACAACACAGGGCAAGAGGCGCAGCACAUGUCACAGGUCUACGGUGCCCAGUUGUGAUCAGAUGGAGCUGUACCUUCCUCAGAUUUCGUAAGAACACUAAAAUGACAUCAGCAUUUUUCAGCGCAUUUGGAAAACCUCAUGUGUCUUUCUCUACAGUGUCUAUGUUCUCCUGUCAGGGGCACGCUGCACUGCUAGGCCUGCUUCAGAUAGCAGCUGUAAAGUUUGUAACUUGAGUAGAAAAAUCUACCAAAUUAAACCCUGUGACUAAUAAAGGCAGUCAAAGUCAGAACUGAUCUCACACUUUCCAUGGAGUGGAACAUGUACCCUGAGACAUCCUCCACUAUGUGACAGCUGAUCUUUGGAAAUUCAAGUAUGUGUUUACAUACCCCAAGGAUGUAUUGGCAAGAAUGAGGCUCCAGCAUAUAUAUGGUUACAGCAUGAGGUGAAUCAGACUCUUUGCAUCUGAAAAAAGAAAUGUUGCUGUUUUUAGUAUUUAAGAAGCACAAAAAUAAAAUCUAUUUCCCGACUAUCAAUAUCAUUUUUACUAAGCCCAGCUAACAGUCAUUUCUUUCUGAGCUUUAUGAAAGGCAGAAAGAUACUACUUUCCCUUCUGGAAGGAAAAAAAAAAAAAAAGCGGAAACACCAAGCAUCGGUUUACUAAAAAGAAAACGUUAACUUACUUCAAUUUCACUGUCACCUGCCUUGGCUUGUCAGUUAAGUCACAAACAUCUCCGUUUCCAUAGAAAUGAGACACCAUCCUGCCCAAAAGUUUGGAAACAGUAAAUACAAUUUUUACACACAGAGCUAAUUUGUUUAAUAUUGUAUCUCGUAAUUUCAAGUAUUUAACUCCAAUGUGUAUAUCAAAGAAGUAAAAUACUUUAUUUCAGCAUUAUAGGAGCAAACAGUUGUUUACUAUUGUAAGAAUCUGCCUCAUAUCCAAAGUCUUGAAUUACAUUUCUUGACAUGGCAUGUUGACUGGGGGAGGAGGAAGGGGGGGGGAAAUCAACACGCUUGUAACAGCUUAUCUAUUAGUAAAUAUUCACGUGUGGCUAAAGUGGAUGUUGGCACUUAUUUUUCUCUGCCACACAUACAAGAGUAACUCAGGAACUCAUAACCAGAACAGUAAUCUCAGUGACUGUAACCAUACCUAACUGUCUGUGUGCCAUCUUCUUUAAGAUAGUACGUUCUAGCAGCAUUCUUUCUGGACCAUUCAAUGUGUUCCUCCUUGUUCCAGGUACCCACGACCACGGAAGUCUUGCCACUUUCCUUGUCCUAAAAAAAGGAAGGCUGAUAGUGACCUUGCACUACAAUUUUAGCAGUGAAGACGUCUUAAUGAGUGGAAUGUCAUUUCUGUCAUUUCUAGAGCAAGUCUGCUCCUGUCAACAUGACACGUUCUUGCAUUUGGGGCAAGCUAUGAAGAAUGAUGUUGUAGGGUCAAGACUCAAGUUGAUGGUCUCUUCAGAACAGCCAUCGAGGCUGUGUAAGCUGAUAAAUGUAUUUCAAUGAGCAGAAGAGCAUUUCCACAAAAAAGACACAUUAUUUUCAGCUUUUAUUACCACUGUCCUCUACCUGACAUAGUGUAUGGGAACUGUAGAAUCACGGCCUGAACCUCUGAUUGACCACCUGAGGCGAGCGCUGAGUCAGCCGCAGGGGCACAGGUGAAUGCAAUUUCACCUGACUGACCGGAAGGGGUGGAGCCAGGCUGCACCCCUCCUAGAGCCCAUUUAAGGGCUGACUCCCAAGGAGGAAGGAUCUCUAUCUGGAGAUCACACCUCUUGGAGCCCUUCUUUAUUUCAUUACUCCUUUGUAAAUGCGAUAAUCUCUCUGGUCCUAUACCUAUUUACCUUACAAUCUGUAUACCUGUUUGCCAUACACAUGGUAUCUAUGUUACCCUGCAUAAACUUUUAUGCAGCACUGAGGAUUUAUGUUCUGAAAUCCACGCUCUUAAGCCCAAAAUGCUCAUCUGCCAAGAAAAGGAUGUUGCUUUUUUUCAGACCAAAUACGGAUCCUCCAGCCUCCCCAUCACCACCCACAGCCAUCUAGUGGCAGAGCACAGAACUACGUGCACAUACCUCAUGAUACUGAUGAACGUAUUUGCCGUAGCAGAAUUCAUACUUCCACCAACCAACACCCUAGGGAGGGGUAUAAUUUCAGCAUUAAACGAAAAUAAAACCUCCAAACAGCCACUCCAUUUCCCUCCUACCCCAACACCACUGGUUAUUUUAGCUGUAAAACUCCAAACCUAAUCAUCAGAUACGUUGAUUCCUGACUUGCACUGAAACAGAAAACUCUUAUCAGACUAACUGGCAUAGUUAAGAGCUGGAAUAGAGGAGUUCAAGCAAAGAGGACCUCAUUUUUAUGUACACUCAUAAGAAAAGCUGCAAAAGGACUAAAUUCCUUAAACCAUAUGUAUCCCCUCUAUUCAUCUUUUUAAGAAAUGUUUUUGCUUUCCAAGAGGGGGAGAGCUUCAGGUGCCUUUUCUCUGCUGGCUGUUUACAUUUUAUCUGUUCUUUUCUGGCUUUCUUAUUAACAAAAAUCAGCAAAACUCUCAUGAUCUACUCUCAUUUCAUCAUCAGUUCAGUUAAGUCAGUUUUCAACAGAAAAAAUUGAAAACACCUUUCUAGCACAGACCUUGGUAUACAAACCUUCCCCUUACCAAUGCAACUAUGUGUAAGUUAUGCACUGGUUUUAUUUAGAUAACAGAAGAAUUGUACCAUUGCUUCAACUUUGCAUUUAACCCAGCACAACUAAGCAAGCAUUGCUUAAUGAGGACCUAUUUAAAUAUUUGAAAGUCAGGGAAAUAUCAUUUGUGAACAUUAAGACUUCCAACUCUCUGCUCUCCAGAUUCCAAUGUAAGCUAUACACCCUAAAUAUGCUUUUCUCUUCAAACACAGAAUAGUCCUAUAACUAGCACUACAGGAGCACCACAUAUCCAGAAAUAAUUGCAGUAUUUGGUGGGGAGAGAGGACAAAAAUGAGACAGCAGUGCUGGCUUUGAGGAAGGUUUUGCCACAGCACAAUGCAGCACUGACAUGCUCUAGGCUGGAGGCAGCCAAGACAGCGUAUUUAGAGAUUCAGGGCAAGAACUGUGCAAAAACAGGUCUUGAAUUUAGCACAGAAGAAUACUUUUAGUUAAGGCUGAAUGAAAUAUCACAGAAUCAUAGAAUCACCAAAGUUGGAAAAGACCUCAAAAUCAUCCAACCCAACCAUCCACCCACCAUCAAUAUUUCCCCACUUAGUACAACAUCUGAACAUUUCUUGAACACCACCAGGGAUGGUGACUCCACCACCUCUCUGGGCAGCCCUCUUCUGUUAUGUGGAAACAGUGUGGCCCCCUCACCUCCCAUUAAGGGAGUAAUUUCAUAGGGAAAAAUUUUUAUAAACACACACUUAUAGAAUGGUAUGUGCAGUUAAGGACUGCACAUUGGACUGUAUCUAGCUUUUAUUUCUUACCCCAUGGAAACAGUAGGAGCCACUGAGAAAUUCCUUUAUAAGUUGGUCAUCAGUCAAUUUGGAGAUGAGGGUUGUUCCUACAGUUAAUAGUUGAUGGCUACCAAUAGCAACAGGCUUAUGAAUGGAAGAAAACUUCUCUUCUUUUGUUGAAGGUGUUUCUUCCUGAAAUUGAAGUAUAUACAAAUACAAUACAUAGAUGUAAUACAGAAUCAUAGAAUCACCAAGGUUGGAAAAGGCCUCCAGGGUCAUCCAGCCCACCUACCUACCCACCAAUAUUCCCCCACUAAACCACAUCCCUCAGUACAACAUCUGAACAGUUCUUGAACACCUCCAGGACACUGACUCCACCACCUUGCUGGGCAGCCCACUCCAGCACCUGACCACUCUUGCACAGAAGAAAUUGUUCCUAAUGUCCAACCUCAAUUUCCCUUGGUGCAGUACAUGGCCCCUGUAAAAUCUUGUCAGCUAUAGGAAAUUACUUAAUACUAUGCAAGGCAAGCUGUGCAAAAAAGUAUGAAAACAGUGACAAAAUGCUUUCACUGUCUUAGGUAUAGCUGAAAAACAGAUUCCAAAUCUAAACCUUAGCAACUCUGCAGACUGCAGGCUAAGAAGGCUACAGAAGUUUUCAGUCAGUUGCCCAAACUUAACUGAUACGUUUUCCUUCCAAUUAAGUAAGCUACAUAAAUAAGCAACAAACUUAAAGACUGUUCCAAAGUCUGAUGCAGUCUUCUAACAUAGGUUAAAACAACCUGUUCCACUGAGCUUCACAUUAUGUGUAUUAUAACAUGAAUAGUAAACACUUUCAAACUUAAAAAAAAAAAAAAAAA